UUGUAGUGGGAGGUCAGGCUGCGUCGUCCCUCCGUUUCCGUCUACCGCGCUACACUGGCCUCACCUUGACCUUAGUGAUCCUACUGUAUAUAUAUAUUAAUAUAAAAUCCUCCGAAGGGUUGAGAUUUUGUAUUGAGGAUAAAUCUAGAUCGUAAAUACAGUCUUGAACGUCAAUGGUAAAUUAUUUUUUUUUUCUGGAGUUGGAUUUAACACGAGGUAAAAUAUUUUUUUUUAAUCGGGAAUUGCGGCAGUAUUUUAUGUAAGUAUAUAUUUAUAUAUAAAGAAUGUCUAUGUUUAAUUCCAUCGAUUUACUUAAAAUGGAAAAGAAAGUAAUGAAAAUCGGGAAAAACGAAUAAUUCUUCAAAACUUUUUACACUCUUCUUGUACUGCGUGGAAGACCAGGAAAAGUUGGGGACUGAAAAUUGAUAUGACCAAAAACGUCGACUAUGAUGUUGGUUUGUGAUUCAGGAAAUAAAGUGAAAUAAAGAAUAUUUAUAUUAUAUUGUGUGAGUAACCGGACCAUUAAUAUUCCUCAUUGACUGGGGGAAAAAGUUUGAUAAAUUAGAGGAAACUGAUGAUAAUUACGUGAUAACUGAAAGAAGAUAAAGAGAAGAAAAAGAAGAAAAGCGACAAAUAAUUACCACAACAUAUAUUUAUUUUCGUCCGGUGAGCUGCGUGAAAGGGAUCGAACCAGAGGACUCUUAGGACGGGAGGAGAGUACUCUAUCCACUCGGCCACUGCACCCCUAUUGGUCUGCCGUUGAAGGAUCGACUCAUACGACAACAGAAGCUGAGGAUCAAAGGCGUGUCUCACCGUCACUCAGCCUCUUAGACUCAAAAAGGGGAGAGAUCAAGGAGAGUCUGAUGGUUCUACAGUAUAAGACCCGAUGACACCUUCUACAGGAGCCUCUCUAUCAAGACCUUCCGGUACGAGUUUUUAAGACCCACCAAUAAGAUUCUCCUCAGAACACGUAACAUAAUCCUCAAGACUACUUCCUGGAAUAUCUAAGACUCACCAAGGAUGAAGGGUUCUCGUACACGUCAGAUAUAUUUAAUGCAAUGAACAUUAAAUUUACAAGUGUCAGUAUAUCCUCAAUGAGACACUUGUGACGACAGACAUUGAGUGCAUCACGACCUGUGAGUGACUAAACAAUAAUUUUCAUCUCAUAGUAAUUGACAGUUCGAUAUACAACGAUAAAAUGAUAACUAGACAUUUAUAUAUAUUCUCGUGUAUUAACCCAAAGGACAUAUAAGUUAUGGUAUGGAAAUUCAUUCAUAAGUUACUCAGUGCAUGAUGUUAGAGAGAGACAGGAGGUAGUGUACAGUACUGCCAGCUGGGUCUCAACUACUGAAGGACCGUAAGAUAACACGAUGAUCAAGACCAGUGUUUGGAAAAUAUUUAGUAGACGUCGAAUUUUGUCUCAUAGUUCCCCUGGUGGUUUGUGCUGAAAUACUGACUCGUAAUCAUUUUGUUUUUAUUUCUGUUUGUUUGGUGAAGGAUUUUAUGUAUUUGUGUUUGUUAAUGAUGUGAAAAAAACCCCUUAAGAUAAAGGCAAUUAAUCGCUUACUCAAACCCGCGAGGCUGAAAAUUUGGAGUAAGAAGAAUCAGAAAAUAGUAAAUAAAAGGACUAUUGGAUUCUAUGGUCUCUUAAUAAGGUAUGGGAGCAGGGAGAGACAUACAUAAGAGAACUGGUGACAGUGUUUAGUGAAUAGACGCUUAUGAAAAGAUAAGUACUAUUUAUUCUGUAAACACUAAUAUUCUCCUCGUGUUUAUGAAUGAAAUAAGUGUCGUAUUAGUGGUAUUACAAGUGUUGUGCAUUUGUAAUAGAUUACCUUGAACUGAAAGCACAAUCUGAAUUAAUAUGAUGCAAAGUGUUUUAUAUUUGGUCAAUUUCACGGAGAAGAGGAAGAAGAAUAAGGCACUUGACACAGUGAGACAAUAGUGAGAGAUGAACCCUGAUCCUGCCCCUCUACUACCUAGCAUCCUGAAGACCUCCUCACCUCUCCCAGCCUACUCCUCAGCACCUGCCAUAGCCACCACCACCAGAACCACCACCACCACCACCAUGUCCCUCUCCUACGACGACCCCUACGGUUACCUCCUACAGAACCUCACCCUCAGCUACCCAAACAUCAACUGGAGUUACAUCAACUUCACCAACCUCACCGACUUCACCUUCCUGGUUGACACGACGGAGAGAGUCACCAGCAACUCAGAGACCAUUACCAACUCGACGGAGACGGCGCUGUACGAGGUGCCGACGGGGAUUGUGGUGCUUCUCUCCAUCUUCUACGGGUCCAUCUCCCUCAUAGCCGUGGUGGGGAAUGCCCUGGUGAUGUGGAUCGUGGCUACCUCCCGCAAGAUGCAUUCCGUCACCAACUACUUCAUAGCUAACCUCGCCCUGGCUGACAUCAUUAUAGGUCUAUUCGCUAUACCCUUUCAGUUCCAGGCGGCACUUCUACAGCGAUGGAACCUGCCGGAGUUUAUGUGCGCCUUCUGUCCCUUCUUCCAAACUGUGAGCGUCAACGUGUCCAUCUUCACCCUCACAGCCAUCGCCGUCGAUCGAUACAGAGCCAUCGUUUUCCCCCUCAACGCUAGACCCUCCAAGUUUAGGAGUAAGGUGGUGAUCGCGUCCAUCUGGCUCUUCAGUGCUACCCUGGCCAUCCCUAAUGCCAUAGCCCUGAGGGUGAAGUACAUUGUGGAUCCCCGGACGAAAGAGGACAUACCCUUCUGUGGCGUGGGGGGCAUCGACCCCGUAGUGAUGUGGACCUACUCUCAUGUAAUGGUGGGGCUGCAGUUCUUCGUGCCGCUGGGGAUCAUCUCCUUCGCCUACAUCAGGAUGGGUUGGGAGCUGUGGGGCGCCAGGACGCCAGGUAACGCUGAGGAUGCCAGGGACGCCCACGUCCUCAGGAACAAGAAAAAGGUGAUCAAGAUGCUGUUUAUUGUGGUGGCUCUCUUCGCCUUCUGCUGGGCGCCUCUACAGACAUACCACAUCCUGCAGGAAAUCUACCCAGGCAUUAACGAUUACCGGUACAUCAAUAUCAUCUGGUUCUGCUGUCAUUGGUUGGCUAUGAGUAACAGCUGCUGCAACCCGUUUAUAUAUGCUAUUUAUAACGAGAAGUUCAAGCGAGAGUUCCGGCAGAAGUUCCGAUGGCUUUUUAAGGAAGAAAAUACUGGGGAGACGAGCGAGUUUGAUCGGUCCAGGUAUCAGAUGUCCUUCAGGGCGUGUAUGCGUGGCCUCUGUAUCUUCGUCUUCCGUCGUGUAUUCAGGUAUCCGAUUGAACGGCAAGUUUCGACAGCCUCCGACCAGCGGAUAUCUCGCAGCACUGACGCUACCAUGCUGAACGGCUCCUCACGUUCCUCCUCGCACAAGUCAACACUCACCGUUCAAGGACGACCCUCCACCACCUCUGGAGGAGUCCGGACCAUCAACGGGGAGUCCCUCGGUGACCAUCAGGAAGUACACGUCUGCGUCCCUCUCAAGUCCCACUCUCACCUUCACCCCUCUGUGUAUCGACCCAGAGUGGUAGGAGACACCAGGAUAUAAACGGGAUGGGGUGUGGAGUCUCGUGUAGGAUUCUCUCCCGUCCUAAGCCUCCAUGUAGAGUUUUUGCAUUGGCAGGCCGCACCAGGGUAUGAGUGAUGGGCACCAGGGGAUGGCAGUAUGUAGGAUAUGCUUUCGUCUCCAGUAUCCAUGUUGAGUCCUGUUAGUCCUAUAGUGGGAGGUAACAGCAGGAUAUAAAGUAAUUAGGAUUGGAAUGGGAAUCUUGUGUAGGAUUCACCCACAUUCUAAUCCUCUAUGCUGAAUCCUGGAAGGUGUGGGGACACGAGAUUAUUAUAGGAAUUGAGUAGGGUCCCUCCGUAGGAUCUAUUCACGUCUCAAUCUCCAAGUGUCGUCCUUGAGUGAGAGAAGAAAUGAAGAAUCCUAAAGUGAGAGGAGUUGUAAAUAUAUGAAGAGAAAUGGAGUGAAAGUCUUUAUAUAGGAUACUAUAAGUGGGAGUCCUAACGUAAGCUUCAAUUUCAUCCCAACCCUCUAUAUAGAGUCCUAUUCGGAUUAUAGGAUGAGAAGGGACGACAGGACAAUGAAGGGAUGGUGUAGUCUUGUGUAGGAUUGACUCUCAUUUGUAUUCUCGACGAGUGACUUGAGUCCUUCAGUGUCAGGGACCUCGAGGAUGGAGAAGGCAUUACGUCACUCACAUCCUAACCACCCACUGGGAAUCCUGCCGUAAAUAGAGACACUGAGGUGAAAUAAAUUUAAAAAAAAAAGACUGUGUAGGAUGCAUUUUCAUAUUCACUACUCUUAUGGAAUCCUAAAGUACGCGACAAGACACGCGGGUAUGCUAUAGAAGGAAUGGAGUGAAAUCCUUGCUGUAGGAUCCACUCUCAUAGGAAAUAGGAAAAAUCGAAUGGAAGGACCCGCCGAAGAAGCUAUGAUGUAGGUCUGGGUUUCCUUAUAGGAUUUUAAAGACAGAGAUAAGGCGAUACAGUAUCACCUUAGCAACCGACCCACAUGUCUGAGUUAUGACGAUUGCUAGGUACAGGAGGAGGAGAAGGAUGAGAGAAGAGAAGGAUGAGAGAGGAGAAGGAAGAGAGAAGAGAAGGAUGAGAGAGGCUUAGUUGAAAGGUCGCGUGAGAUGCGAUUGGAGGAAGGAGGAAGAGCUUGAUGAAGGAUGACGUGAGGAGAAGGUUGAAGAUAUACUAUUGUAGGAUGUAAGUGAGAUAAAGGACAUGAGACGCGGCUGUAGGAGUUGAGAAUUCCUUCACUAGCUUUGUCUACUUAUCAUACACUAACUCACUUCAUUCUCACGUGAUUUUUGUAUACGAGAAAUGAAUAUGCCAGGAAAAUAUGAAGGGAAAAAAGGUGAUUGGAGAAUACUAUGUAGAUGUUUUGUAGUAGUAGUAGUAGUAGUAGUAGUAGUAGUAGUAGUAGUAGUAGUAGUAGUAGUAGUA